AUGCCUGCGCCUGGCGACCAGCAUAACGCGACCGGGAGAGCAGCUUUGAACCCGUUCGAACCCAUCAUUCCACAGGUGUCUCCCUACACGGCGCAAGAAAUUGCGACUUUACAAGCCCGUCUUGAGAAGCAAUUGGGUCCAGAGUACAUAUCAUCUCGGACAGGUCCUUCGAACCAAAAAGUACACUAUCUAGCAGCGGAGAAAUCUAUCCAGCUUGCCAAUGAAGUCUUCGGAUUCAACGGCUGGUCCAGCCAGAUCAUGGACAUCCAAGUUGAUUUCGUGGACGAGAAUCCCCAGACGAUGAAAGUCAGCUUGGGAUUAUCCGUCAUUGUACGGGUUACGCUUCGGGAUGGUACAUUCCAUGAAGAUAUUGGGUAUGGACAUAUGGAGAAUGCAAAAGGCAAGGCAGCUGCUUUUGAAAAGGCGAAGAAGGAGGGAACGACGGACGGUCUGAAGAGAGCGCUAAAGAACUUUGGAAAUGUGCUGGGCAAUUGCCUUUAUGACAAGGACUACGUCAAGGCUGUUACGAAGAUGAAGGUUGGGUCGUCGAAAUUUGAGCCGGAUAGAUUGCAUCGACAUGCUACUUUCGCACCGCAACCUAAGAAAGAACCGGAAAUCAAGCAGAUGGAAGAGAAACCACAGGCCAUGGUUGGGAAUACAAGCUUGAUAUCGGAGGAUACGCUCGAGGACGAAUACGGAGAUUUCGAUGAAGCAGACUUCAGUGUAGCUGAUCCAGAUUCUCAUCCAGACGAAGUAGUUGUGCCAGAGCCCCCCGCAGCAGCAUCACAUCACUUCAACGGUGCCCGCAAUGGUAAUGCCCUACCCAAUUCUGGAAUUCAAAACCAAAGCAGACCUCAAGUCAAUCAUCCACAGCCUAGAGCACCUCCGGGACGACCAACAGGUCCAGCACCACAAAACAGCAAUCUACCACCACAACCCCAAACUCCAAACAGUAGAUUCACACGAACUAGCAGCGGAGCAGGCCAACAAUAUCGCCCACAACCGGAUGCAAAUGCCCAAAACCGACCAAUGCCACCUCCAAAUCCGAUAGCCGGACGAGUCCUCAACCAACCAAGUCGUAACGGUCCACCCUCCGCACCAGCAUCUCCUGCCCGUCUAAAUAAACCCUCCUCAAACGACAACGACAUCACUUCCCUCCCACCCCAGGGGCAAGGUUUCUUCUCCGCCCGCGCUGCCCAAAUGCUCCCCGAAGGAACAACCACAGACGGUGCUCCACCUCCCGCAAUCCCAGCCCACCUACCAGUCUUUAACCCUCACGCCGAAUCACCAUCCAUCCGCAAAACCCCUGGCAUCGACCACAAAUCCUCCAAACCGCUCACCCGAGACUUGAAGCACGUUCCUGGAUCUAGUCAAGCUGUAGCUGCUGCUCCUGGUGCAGGUGCUCCAAGGCCCAAUAUCAUGAAUCCGCAGCUUGACAACACCAGGAGGAUUGGAGCACCGGGGAGUCCGAGCCCGAUGAUGAAUAAUAGGAAUUCAUAUAAGCCGCCUACGAUAGCUAAUAAGAGGCCGGUUGAUUCGAGGGCGCCGUUACAUGAUUUGCCGCCGAAUGGAGCGAUUGCUGGUGCUGGUGCGGAACAGGGAGGUGAUGUCAAGAGGCAGCGAAUGAAUGGUUAG